UUAAUUGACUGUUUUAGUAGCGUUGCAUUAGAACAAAACCACCAAAAGUAAAUUGUUUGUUUAUCUCGAUCCUGAAGACAAAAUUAAAACUUUCAUUAAGAUGUUAUCCAACCUAGAGACCGAGCAGCCCUCUUUCAUUCCAGGUUACUCUGGUUACUGUCCUCAGUACAAAUACCGCAUUGGUGAAACUUUCGGUUCGCAAACACAUAAACUUUUAAUCGAUCCGUGCGCUGGUCACUCUGAAAAUCUAAUAUUAUCCGAUCGUACCGUUGAUGACUAUCACAUAGAAAGACCUACCCUCCAAGAGAUCGAUAUUGUAAAAAAGCAUGAACGAGAUUCUGGCGACACAAUUUAUAAAUAUCCGAUAAUACCAGGGUAUGAAGGAUUCGUUCCCAGAAUUAAUGGUAAUUGUGGACAGCGUUUUUUUGUGGCAGCCACAGAAGGAUUGGCUGAAUUUCAAAUGGAUAAUUUGAAAAAUAGACGAAAACGCAAUGUCUUGAGACAUCGUGGAGCAUUGCAACAGAAAUCGGUCAAAGGUAGAAGCUUAGGGGAGAGAUUGCUUACAACGAAUCCAUACAGACUACCGUUAACCAGUGUUCGUCCGGAAUGCAAGGGAGUUGUACGAGAUCUUGAGGUGGCGCAGAGCAAACUUCCAUCAGAACCAACAAUUCCAUACUCUAAGCAAACAUCACCGUUCUUUAUGGAAAACUCAGAAGCAGAGAAAUAUUUGAAGUCUGGUAAUGCUGGUCACAAGCCAUUCGCCUGGCCAUUAUUCGGAAAGGAUCACCAGCGUAUAACAAACGAUGCUCUUUGUGAUUUUUCAAAUAAUUUCAAUCAUCACAAAAGCACCGAAUGGGCACCAAUUGUACAUACAGGCGUUGGAGCGUCAAUUCCGAGUGAAUCGUGCCAUCAAAUCUACCAUCGUAAUAUUGGACUACUUCCAAACUAUGGCGGUCAUGUACCUGGAGCUGUUUUCAGGUUUGGUCAAACAUAUGGAGCAGAUAGUCUGGAUGCAAAGCGUUGGUUGAGAGGCCAAUUUUCAAAUUAAAUAUUUGAUGCGGAAUUCUUGGGAUAUUGUAGCUAGGAUCAUCUCUAAAUAAAAUUCAUGGUUUUCAUUAGA